GCGGCGGCGCUGCCCCCGCUCGGCCCCUUUGCCGUGUCGGCCCUCGCGGAGAGAGCAUCGCGCGAGCGCCGCCGCCGCCGCCGCCGCCACCGCCUUUUCCCCCCCCUUCCUUUCCCCCCGGAGCCGCCGCCAUGGCCAAGGCCGAGUCCCCGAAGGAGCCGGAGCAGCUCCGGAAGCUUUUCAUCGGCGGCCUCAGCUUUGAAACCACAGACGAGAGCCUGAGGAGCCACUUCGAGCAGUGGGGGACCCUGACGGACUGUGUGGUGAUGCGGGACCCCAACACGAAGCGCUCGCGGGGGUUCGGGUUCGUCACGUACUCCUCGGUGGAGGAGGUGGACGCCGCCAUGAACGCGCGGCCGCACAAGGUGGACGGGAGGGUCGUGGAGCCCAAGAGGGCCGUGUCCAGAGAGGACUCCCAGCGGCCCGGCGCCCACCUGACGGUGAAGAAGAUCUUCGUGGGGGGCAUCAAGGAGGACACGGAGGAGCAUCACCUGCGGGACUAUUUCGGGCAGUACGGCAAGAUCGAGGUCAUCGAGAUCAUGACCGACCGCGGCAGCGGCAAAAAGCGCGGCUUCGCCUUCGUCACCUUCGACGACCACGACUCGGUCGACAAGAUCGUCAGUGAGUCCUCCUGGGGGGGCCCUGGGGGGCCCUGGGGCUGUGCACCCCACCCUGGAGGGGCUGGGAGACCCCCUGGGGCUGUGUGUCCUGUCCCUGGAGGGGCUGGGAGGUCUCCUGGGGCUGUGCACCCCACCCUGGAGGGGCUGGGAGACCCCCUGGGGCUGUGUGUCCUGUUCUGGGGGGCUCCUGGGCCUGUGAAUCCCACCCUGGGGGGGCCAGGAGAUCCCCUGGGGCUGUGUCCUGUUCUGGGGGGAAGCUGGGGGCCUCUGGGUCUGGGCAUCCCAUCCUAAGGGGGACCUGGGUUUGUGCAUCCCAUCCUGAGGGGGCUCCUGGGUCUGUGAAUCCCAUCCUGGGGAUCCUGGGGGGCUCCUGGGUCUGUGAAUCCCAUCCUGGGGAUCCUGGGGGGCACCUGGGUCUGUGAAUCCCAUCCUGGGGAUCCUGGGGGGCUCCUGGGUCUGUGAAUCCCAUCCUGGGGAUCCUGGGGGGCUCCUGGGUCUGUGAAUCCCAUCCUGGGGAUCCUGGGGGGCUCCUGGGUCUGUGCAUCCCAUCCUGAGGGGGAUCCUGGGGGGCUCCUGGAUCUGUGCAUCCCAUCCUGAGGGGGCCCUGGGUCUGUGAAUCCCAUCCUGAGGGGGAUCCUGGGGGGCUCCUGAGUCUGUGCAUCCCAUCCUGAGGGGGUCCUGGGUCUGUGAAUCCCAUCCUGGGGAUCCUGGGGGGCUCCUGGGUCUGUGAAUCCCAUCCUGAGGGGGAUCCUGGGGGGCUCCUGGAUCUGUGCAUGCUGGUCUGGGGGUAUCAUGGGGGGAUCUCCUGGGUCUUGAAACCCCACCCUGGGGACAACCUGGGUCUGUGCACCCCAACCUGAAGGGGCUGGGAGAGCCCCUGGGUCUGUGCAUCCCGUCCUGGGGGACGGGGGACAAGGGUGGAGCAGCCGUGGAGGAGAGAGGGGGGACAGUGAGGAGAAUGACAAGGAUUGGGUUGGGGACAGGGGAUAGGGAUGGAAUGAACAGGGGGGACCCUGAGGAGCAGGACAGGGAUGGAGCUGGG